AUGCCAUACGACGGAGAACCAUUUUUCUUUUUCACUAGUGAAGUCAGUAAUCGACAACAACAGCGACACAUGGAACAACAACAAAAACUCAAUACUAGCGGAGGACAGGCAGCUCAUCAAUACGCAAAAACGAACGAUAAACCGAUGACCAGCACACCGAAGGUCAACGAUAACUGUGAGAAUGAUAAAACAAAAGAAUCAACUGGUAGUGCUCCAAAAGUUUGUAUUCGUCAAGCGGUAACAUCAAGAACACAAGAAGAUGAUUGA